AAACCUCUGUGAUUCAUGCUGGUUUCACCUCUGACCUUCAUUACCUCACCUCCUCCAGCCUCUCUGGGUGACGUGUCACGCUUCGCUGUGAGUUUCAGCGACCUCGCCGAGGUGGACUCGUACCUGUCGCUUAACGUGAGCUCCGCCUGGUGCCUCACCGCCCGGGUGCUGCAGGCAUUCCCGCAGCGCCCAGGUCUGAGGCGCACCGUGGUGAACAUCAGCUCACUCUGCGCCAUCAAGCCUUUCCCAUCCUGGGCGCUCUACUGCACUGGGAAGGCUGCCCGGGACAUGAUGUUCCAGGUGCUGGCACUGGAGGAGCCGGACGUCCGGGUGCUCAGCUAUUCACCAGGUGAGGCAGGGGGCGUGGCCUGCUGAGCUGGUUCGGUUUUCCAUGAAAAGACAAGAAGCUCACUGAAGGCAAAAUACUUCAGAUGUG